GGAAACACUCUUUCUACAAUAACAUUUAUGAAUGGGUUGCUUAAUAGAGGAGUACAUCCUUCUCGUAUUCAUUAUGUAAUACCACCAAAGACUUUUAAAAAAAUAGACAAAAUUUGAAAAUAAUAAAUAAAGAUAGGAAUAAGAAGAUAAAAUGAUUUUUGAUCCAGAUUAAUUUGAGAAUGAAGAAGCUAAAAACAAAGUAUUUGAUAUAAUGGUGAAGAUGGGUAUAAAUAUUCAUUAUGGAUUUCCAUAGUUUGAAUUAAAGGUAGGAAAAGAAGGUUUUGGAUUAAACAGUGAAGAUGUUUUAUAGUAAAUUAUAUUAAGAAAAUAAGCUGAUAAUUAUGAAGAAUUUAAGAUAGAGAUACAGAGAAAAAAAUAAGAACUCUAAGAAUUGAAAGAUAAUUCAGAAAAUAAUAUGAGUAAAGAUAUGUAUGGAGAGUAAGAAGAAGGAGAAAAUCAAUUAGAAGUUCUUGCAAGGGAAAUAGAAUAAUUGAAAACUAGUGAAUAUGAUUAUUUAGAGUUGGAAUCUAGAUUCUUUCUUACAAGUGGGUUAAUAGAUAUAGAUAUAGAGAUUUUUAAUAUCAUUCAUGAAAAUGGAUUAGUUUAGUAAUUUUUAAACAACCUAAGAAAAUAUAUUUGCUUGUGGAAAGAUCUGCGAAUUCUCAUAAAGAUAUAAACAUCAUUCUGUUGGAAAGAGUCUUCAUUUAGAUAAAUAUAAUGGAAUAGAAUUGGGUUAGAAAUUAAGUAUAUGUAUUUUGGAAUAAUUGAAUUUAAGUUAUUUGACAUCCUAAACUUAUUCAGUUGAUGAACUACCACAAUUAUAUAUGCCUAUUGGAUAAGGAGGUAUAGUUCCUUAUAAACAAUAUUAUUAUCACAUGAAAAAGAAUGAUUUUUCAAAACCUAAACAUCUUUAAUAAUUACCAUCUAAACAUAUAGAUCCUAACGAAUUCAUUGAAAGUGUUACUAAUUUUGGUUCAGAAGCUGUCCAUAUUCCAAGUUUAUUGUAAUUUGUUGAAUUGUCUGUUAAAUAUUUGAAAUAAUUAGAUUAAAAAGGCAAAUUAAUAAAUAAUGUAUCUGAAUUUCUACAGUAUGUUAUUAAACUUUUAUUAAAAAAUCUAUUCAUACAUAAUCUGGAGGUAAAUCUAAUAAAAAUAAUUAAAAUAAAAUUAACAUUAAAUUCAUCAAAUUACAGAUGUGCAUCUGAAAAUUGGGCUAUAGCAUUAUAUCAUGAAUGGUUCAGUGAAUUUAGACAUAUUACUAAAAGUGAGAUGUUGAAAAAUGAAUUGAUCGAUUAAGUCUUAGAAAAGGCUUAAGAAUAUGCUCGAGAUGGUCGUUAUAUGGACGAAAACUUCUUUGAAGAGAUAAAGAAAUUAAUCACAAGAGAUAUUGUAGAAAACAUCUAAGUAAAUAUUAUUUUUAUUUAUUUUAGGAAGGUACAAUAGAAUUCAUUAGACAAAAAUUAAAACCAUUUGCCAAUGUAUUUUGUACCAAAAAAGAAACUUAAUUGAUAUAAUAUAGAUUAUUAUUAUUUGCUUUAAAAUGA